GUCUACAAAGAGUGCCGAGUAACUGAAUCUCUCCUCCGUUCGAACUUUGGUCAAGGCACUGGCGCCUCGAUAAUCUUUCUACUCCCUACCAUCUUCAUCCAUCGGACGCCUAUCAUCCCUGCGCUUCAGUUGAUCCUCAAAAUCAUCAUCUUGGGCAGUAUCUUCCAAUACACUUUCGAUAUCGUCAAUCAAACAACUGGUGUGCUCGAAGAUACGAUCAAUAAACCGUACCGGCCGGUUCCCAGUGGUCUCAUAACAUUGCGGGGAGCGAAGAAACGCUGGCUCUUGACAUGGAUUUUGUCGCCAUUGUUAACUGCUGCAAUUUCUGGGAGGUACGCAGCUUUAUGGCAACUUGUAUGGCAGCUGGAUGUUGGAUUCUGCUAUGCUUGGCCGCGGCCUAACGGUCCAAUUACUCGUAACUCUUUUAUUGUUCUCGGAACUCUAGCCCUCGUAUCACACGCCAACGCAAUAGCAGCGGAUCAAUACCCAGAUCGAAAUAUGGAUUUUAUGUUGCGAUCUGCUCUAUCCAUUUGGGCUGGAAUGGUCGCACAUCUUCAAGAGUUCCAUGAUGUCGUAGGAGACAAGGCGUCUGGAAAGCGAACUUUGGCUGUAAUUCUGGCGCCGAGCAGAAUUUGGCUCGUAAGAAAAGUCACAUGCUUGAUAUUUGUU